AUGGAAGAGAAUCAAACGUCGCUGAUAUGUGGGCUUCCAGAUGACAUAGCUCUUUCUUGCUUGGCCAGAGUGCCUCGGAAGUAUCAUGCGGUAUUAAAGUGUGUUUCCAAGAGAUGGAGACGGUUCGUGUGCAGUGAUGAGUUUUAUGAUUAUCGUAGAAUGCACAAUUUAAGUGAGACAUGGAUAUAUGCUUUAUGUCGUGACAAGUAUGGGAAGAUAUGGUUUUAUAUGUUGGAUCCUAAUGACUCACCGAGGCGUUGGAAGUGUGUUCCAGGUCUUCCAGCUCGCACUUUGAAUAAAAUGGGUAUGGGAUUUGAAGCUCUAGGAAAGAAUGUUUACUUGUUGGGUGGUGGUGGUUGGUUGGGAGCUACUAAUGAAGCCUUCUGCUAUGAUGUUUCAAGGAAUUCAUGGACGCAAGUUGCUUCCUUGUCGACCUCUAGGUAUGACUCUGCUUGUCAAGUGUAUGAUGGAAAAAUCUAUGCCAUUGGUGGGUUAGCAUCAACGAGGAGUGAUCCGUAUUCUUGGGACAUUUUUGACCCCCAGACAAACAGCUGGGAAUUGCACUCCAAUGCUUACACUGUUCCUGGAGUUGAAGAUUCUGUACUCUUGGAUGGGAAGAUUUAUAUCCGCUGUCAGGCUUCUGCCUCUACCAUGUCGUCUCCUUUCUAUGCAGUCGUUUACGAACCUUCAAGUGGCAUCUGGCAGCAUGCAGAUACUGAUAUGGUGUCAGGCUGGCAAGGUCCAGCGGUUGUUGUGGAUGGCACCCUUUAUGUGUUGGAUCAGAGUUCAGGAACCAAGCUGAUGAUGUGGGAGAAGGAUAAAAAAGAAUGGGUGGCAGUUAAGAGGCUGUCAACACUGCUUACAAACCCACCCUGCCAAAUGGCAGCAAUCGGGAAGAAGUUAUUUAUCGUAGGAAAGGGACUUGGCACGGUUGUGUUUGAUACCAGCCAAACCGGAAGUGUGGAGGGAGCCAUGGUUGGCUCUUCCAUACCUGGACUAAUCACUGCUGAUGAAGUACUGAAGUGUAAAUGUCAAACAUUUUGA